UCCGACAUCACAACCUCCUCAUCUCCACCGCGUCAACAUGUUCAACAAGGGUGUCUUGGUGCUAGCUUUGGUGGGCGUGGCUCUGGCCGCCCCUUCGGAUCCAUACCACCAGCCUUCCUACAAGGAGGAGCCGAAGCCGUACCAGUUCGCCUACGGAGUCAAGGAUGAAUACGCCGGCACCGACUUCGGUCAGAGCGAGGAGUCCGACGGCAAAGCCGUCAAGGGAUCCUACACUGUCCAGCUUCCCGACGGCCGCAAGCAGACGGUGAACUACGUGGCUGACCACUACAACGGCUACCAGGCUGAGGUCAACUACUACGGUGAGGCUCAGUACCCCACGA